GUCAUAUCCAACAUGGAGUCCAGCGGUGUCAAGCUAAGUUUCUGGGAGAACGGACCAAAACCCGGACAGUUUUACUCUUUUCCCGGCAGCAGUACCAGCGGAUCGGGUACAUCAUGUGGGCCGGUUCGACACACGCUUAACCCGAUGGUGACCGGAACAUCGGUGCUUGGUGUAAAGUUUAAUGGCGGCGUUGCCAUUGCGGCCGACAUGUUGGGCUCAUACGGCUCUCUGGCUCGGUUCAGAAACAUUUCUCGCCUCAUGAAGGUAAACGACAACACGAUCCUGGGGGCAUCAGGCGACUACGCUGACUACCAGUACCUGAAACAGGUCAUCGAACAGAUGGUGAUCGAUGAACAGCUGCUUGGUGAUGGCCACAGCUACACACCGAAGGCUAUCCACUCCUGGCUCACCAGAGUGAUGUACAACCGUCGCAGCAAGAUGAAUCCCCUGUGGAACACCGUCGUCAUCGGUGGUUUCUAUAAUGGAGAGAGUUUCUUAGGUUAUGUGGACAAGCUGGGUGUAGCUUAUGAGGCUCCCACAGUGGCCACUGGUUUUGGAGCGUACCUGGCUCAGCCACUGAUGAGGGAGGUAAUUGAGAAGAAGGCAGAUAUCACCAAACAAGAGGCCCGGGACCUGGUGGAGCGCUGCCUCAAAGUGUUGUACUACAGAGACGCUCGCUCCUACAACAGGCACGAGAUUGCCAUCGUAACGGAGGAAGGGGUGGAGAUCAUCGGCCCUCUGUCCUCAGAAACCAACUGGGACAUUGCUCAUUUGGUCAGCGGAUUUGAAUGAAAGCAAACUUCAGCAACUUUUUUUUUUUUCCCCCCUUCAUCAAAAACAGCCAACAGUUCACAUUCAUCUUCUCUAUCCCAGUUUAGUUUCUUUUUGUUUUCUGGUCACUUUUGUAAAAUGGAAAAUAAAUGUGGUAAUUGAAACUUA